AUGUAUUUCCUUUGGGAUUGCACCGUGCCUGGCGAAGAGUAUACGCCAUGGACAAAUGCUCGAUACGGCCUUGAACUGACUUUCGACACCACUAAUAUUCUGCCUUCGGUGCGCUUCAUCGACGAGAUUUUCCACCCCAACAUCAAUCGUUUUUACUCCAUGACGUUGAGGUGCAAGAACAUUGUGGGGAAUCCUCACGGCAUAAAGGAUAUUCUUAGGAGCAUACAGCGCCUGCUUAGCCAGCCCGACUUGUCGGAAGCCACCAACUGGAAAGCCGGACAAAUGUUUGUAUCAAACCAAAAUUUGUAUGAUUCCCAGACGCGUCUGCUGGCUCGUCAAUUAGCAAGCAAGGAAGAGGAAGGAACCAAUCGAAACAGCUAA